AGAAAAGAGGGAGGGAAAGAAAGUUUGUUGUAUGGCCACUCAGAAAGCAAGUACACACCCCCCUCAGGCUGUAUGUCCCUCCCUCUUCUUCUUCCUCGACCCCACCUCCUUUUUCUCUGCUGAGGGAGCAUGCAGAUAGUUGGCCGUGUCUGUGGUGGAGUGUGAGAGGCCCAGAGAGCCGGCGAGAGGGGAGCAUAGAUCAGUUACAGCAGGCAGGAAAGCAAGUGACCUGGGAGCAGAGAGUGUAAAAGUAGUUUGGGUUGUAGGACAGAAGUAAGGCAAAAGAAAGAAGAGUCAGAAAGAGGGGAUUUUGUCCAUUUGUCCAUUACUGAGUCUGGAAGAGACAGGACAGGCAGUCAGGGGGCAGUGGCAGGGGCAAAGACAGACAGACAGACAGACAGACAAGGAACACCUGGACCAAGCAGGGCAUUGAGUUACUUUGAGUAACAGGAAGCUUUUUCUGAGUUUUUACAGCCACUCUCACUUAGCACGACUGCAGAACAAUAGCAGAGGACUGCAGUUGUGUUGCUGUGAUUUGAGAGGAGCAUGUUUGACUGUAUGGAGGCUCUGGGGCUGGCCCCGCGGCCCCUCUUUGAUGUAUCCGGACAAGGGUCCUGCAUGCUAGGGAAGGCCACCCCUUACUUCUCCGGCCUGGACCCCUUCGCCUGGGCCGGGACCAGCAGCAUUCAGUCGGUGGAGACCCAGAGCACCAGUUCUGAGGAGAUGGUGCCCAGCUCUCCAUCUCCUCCUCCCCCUCCUCGGGUCUACAAACCCUGCUUUGUGUGCCAGGACAAGUCAUCUGGUUAUCACUAUGGAGUGAGCUCCUGUGAGGGCUGCAAGGGCUUCUUCAGGCGCAGUAUCCAGAAGAACAUGGUGUAUACCUGCCACAGAGACAAGAACUGUCAGAUCAAUAAAGUGACCCGCAACCGCUGCCAGUACUGUCGGCUGCAGAAGUGCUUUGAGGUUGGCAUGUCCAAAGAAGCGGUGCGUAACGACAGGAACAAAAAGAAGAAGGAUGUGAAGGAGGAGGUGGUGCUGCCAGAGAACUAUGAGCUGAGUGGAGAAUUGGAGGAGCUGGUUAACAAAGUUAGCAAAGCUCACCAGGAGACCUUUCCGUCUCUGUGCCAACUAGGAAAAUACACCACAAAUUCAAGUGCUGACCACAGAGUACAGCUGGACUUGGGCCUGUGGGAUAAGUUCAGUGAGCUCUCCACUAAGUGCAUUAUAAAGAUUGUGGAGUUUGCCAAGCGGCUACCAGGCUUCACUUCGCUCACCAUCGCUGACCAGAUCACCCUCCUCAAAUCUGCAUGCCUGGACAUCCUGAUGCUGAGGAUAUGCACUCGCUACACACCAGAACAGGACACAAUGACCUUCUCAGAUGGCCUAACUCUUAACAGGACACAGAUGCACAACGCUGGCUUCGGUCCACUCACAGACCUGGUGUUUGCCUUUGCUGGUCAGCUGCUGCCUUUGGAGAUGGACGACACAGAGACGGGGCUACUCAGUGCCAUCUGCCUGAUCUGUGGAGACCGUAUGGACCUGGAAGAGCCAGAGAAGGUAGACAAGCUGCAGGAGCCGCUGUUAGAGGCUCUCAAGAUCUACACCCGCCGCAGACGCCCAGACAAGCCUCAUAUGUUUCCACGAAUGCUGAUGAAAGUCACGGACCUCCGAGGAAUCAGCACCAAAGGUGCUGAGAGAGCCAUCACACUGAAGACGGAGAUUCCCGGGCCCAUGCCUCCACUGAUCAGGGAGAUGCUGGAGAACCCUGAUGCCUUUGAGGACAGCAGUGACUCAGGGGACAGUGCUGCCGCCGCUCCCCCCGCCAUUCAAGCCAUCAAGCAAGAGGAGAAACCCACGUAUGAGUCGACUGUCGAGGAGGAAGAGGAGGAGGAAGAGGACGACUACUGGGAUGAGGAGAAAGAGCGAGGGGCGGACAGUGACGGAGAGCUGUGGGGGGAGGCAGCGGUGGCAGCAGCGGGGGCCGUACAAAAAAAAGGUGUGACUGGAAAAACACAGUGAGAGAAACACAAUGAUGCUGCUUCCCCCUCCAGAUCACUGAGCCCUUGCCCAGCAAUAUCUCCAAGGAAACCUCACAGAAUUAGGCUCUUAUUCAACAACAUGUUGCAUACAGCACAUAGUUGCAUAUACUGUACAUAUACUGGACUGAAAUGUUCAGUUCAGCUUAAGAGACAAGGAAUGGGAGAGGCAAAAGCACUAAAUGUCAGUGGGAGGGCACCAAUUAAAAUCACUGUGCCAAAAUGAGACUGUCUAAAAGAUAUUUCAAAAGUGUUUUGUCCACACAGAGAGGAACAAGAGGUGGUGGACAGAAGAAAAUGCACUCCUCUGCUAUCUAUAAGGGCUAUGCUUUGUAUAAAAUUGAUGGUAAAAACACAUUGUAACAACAGAACUCUACAUGGUGUCCAUUUGCCGCAAAUGUCUUUUCAAAAUUCCUUUUAUUACUAUUCAGAGAUAUGCUACUUAUUUUUUUAUUGUAUGGAUUUCCCAAGCAUGUACACAUUCUGUUCUGUGUCUAUGCCUGUUUGUGGGACUUUUUCUGUUUUUGUUUUUGUAUAUUUUCCCUCAGUCUUGCUCAUAUUUGACUGGUCAUAUGUGGUGUUUAAGUUUGUUUUUAAUUUUAUGCAUUUCAGCUUUUUUUUUUUGGACACAAUAAAAAGCAAUAGCAAAGAUAGGAAAGAGCAAUAGCAAAACAAGAGCAGGACUCACACUCACAAUGUGACAAGCACAUGGUUAUGUAAGUUAGCCUUCUAAUUCAUGAAAAUCUCUUAUGAUUAUACUGUGUGAAAGAGAAUAAUAAUGUAAUUUCAACUCUGGUGCUUGUGAUCCAAAUAAGAUUUUGACAAAGAAUGCAAAGCUAAUGCAGCAACAUAUCGCCACCUCUUGACAAAAAUAAACACUUACAAUAAUCAAAGAAAUACUCCAAAGGGUAGAUUUAACAUCAACGCAUAAUCUCAGGUUGAUUCUAUCAGGACCACACAUCACCUGUCAAUACAGUAUUUUGGAAGAAAACUGUUGGUGUGAAUGCUCUGACAAAACUUCCCCAUCUUCAACAAAAAGUCUUCUUACAUCAAGGAGUAGGAAUAAUGAAAAAUUAAAAAGUUGUUGACUAUGCUGUACUCAUUCUUUGUACAGCAACCAGGUACAGGUAAGCCAUACGAUUUUAAAUUUUUUAGGAGUGCGCGAAAAAUCAUGUAAAACAUAACAUAACCUUUAAAAGCAGUUUACUUCACGGAAAACCUCAGGUGUGUAUGUUUGUGUGUGCAUGAGUGUGUAACUGAGAGCAUUUACCGAUUGUAUAGAUUCGACGUUACUGUCAUUACCGCUAUAAUCCACAGUGAGAAUUUAUGCAAGUCAAAUUAAUAGUAACCAAAUGCUUUUAAACGAUUUAAAGAAACCCCACUCACCCAAAGAUGUCUGGUGGACAGUAGGACAAUGAUGCAAGCUGAUGAAAAAUCACAGAAAUAGCAAUAAAUGCUGCACUUCACAACUUUGAGGUUGCAGCCGUCCAACACAAUCAACAAAACUAACAAUUUACAUCGGAUGACCUGUUUGCUGAAGAAUAGGACGAUAGUUUAAAAAUGAUGUGUUCAUGUGUGCUGUUUCUAAUGAGUGGUGCAAAAAACAUGGAUUUUGUUAAAAUAAAUACCUACAGUUUCUUUUUCAUUGAGACUAUACAACUUUUUUUUUAAGCAAGAUGUAUAAAAUUGUCAUUAUUUGUGUGAUGAAAAACAAUACAGGUCUUUGUGAACUCCUUAACAGUUGUAAGGGAAAAGAUUCUCCAUCAAAUCAUGUGUCAAAUCAUUGCAACAGCACAGCUGCAACAUUGUUAAUGUAGUUAUUAUUUUUUUUAUCUAUAUAUGAGGGAUAAAGGUAGUUUCAAAGAUGAAGCUAGAUAUCUGAAAAACAAAGAGUGCGUGUUUCUGAUUAUGAUACAUGGAGCCAUUCACUCCCUCAAUGAAGCAGAAAAAAAAGAAGAAAAUAUGUGUUCAGCAGAAAAACAUUGUGGCCGUAUGCCAGCGGUUUUGAAGAAAGAUGGGUCUUUAGCACCAGAUGUAAAGCUCUCAAGGACACAGAAGCUGAUUUCAGUAUUAAAUAAUCAACACAGACGCCAUCAGGACUUUUUUAGACUCUUAAAUCAUGAUUUUGCAAUUAGAGGAUAGAAACAUCACAACCAUGUGACUGAGGGAAAAGUUAUUUUCAGUGUUUUUUCCUCACACAGUUUCUCUUCCACUGUUUCUCUUAUCUCACACAUACACACAAAAUUUCAUAUAUACACACACAUAUACAUAGACGCACACAGUCAAUAUUUUGCACAUCAUCAUCCAAUUAUACAUACUAUGUUAUUUAGUAUUUAAAGAUGUUUCUAUAUGACAUAACCGUGAUCUUUCAUGAUAGUUUUCCUGUUUCCUUUUUAUUUCUUAAACAUUUUCUCGAGUUUGAGCUGGUGCAAUAAAUAAGCCUUGAAAGAGACCACAAAGGCCUAAGCUCUAUACAAAAGCAUGUGACUGAAAAAAAAAAAAAAGACCAAAGACAGACAUUACAUUUGGACAAACACAAAAUAACAGUAAUUAAUGCAAAAUUUUUAUUAGGGUCACUGACAUGAAACAUAUUCACUUUGAACUGUGGGGUGAGGAGAUUUGAUGAUCUCAAAUUACCGCUGAAGCUGGAACCAUUUUAUCUCUGUAUUUUAUACAUUUUGUUGUUGUUGUUGUUUUUGUUAUUGUUUUUAACUGAUACUUUUAUAAACACAGACUCUUGUGUGCAAAUAACUUGUCUUCAUGUUCAGGGAUUCAGGCACCUCAUGAGUUUGCUGUUUCAAUUUGACUUGUAACAAAAUAGCUCUGACACACACCACACACGCACCACACACACACACACACACACACACACACAGAAACAAAAGACAAGGCUGAUCUGUUCUUGUUUUUACAUUUUUAUCAAAAGUUAAUACUUUUUCGCUCAUUUGUAAUUUGUUGUUGUCUUUCUUGUAUUUUUAUAAAGGCGCUUUUUGUUCUCAGA